CGCAUGCGCUUUAUUUAUCUUCCUUGGUGGAUCAUUUGCUUUAAGCUAGAUAAAUUAAUGGUAAUUUGAACUUUGAUUUUAUUUCCUGUGAAAUAAUGGCAGCAAAACCAACGUGUCUGAUUGUUGCCAGCGCGGCUAGUGAAGGUGUCUCUGCACAAUCUUUUAUGCAUGCCUUCACAUUAUGUAGCACAGCAUUUAAUCUGCAAAUUGCCACUCCUGGGGGCAAGCCAAUUGAUUUUGUUGGACUGGAUGAAAACAAUAUGCGUUGGAUCCAAGAUUUCCGGAUGAAAUCCUAUGCAAACCCAGCCAAACUUGAGUCAAUUGAUGGUGCUAGAUACCAUGCUGUUUUAAUUCCUAACUGUCCUGGUGCAAUGGAGGAUUUACAUGUGAGUGGAUACCUAGCUAAAAUACUGCAACAUUUCAUCACAGAGAAGAAACCAAUAUGUGCAGUUGGGUAUGGAGUAACAGCUUUGUGCUGUGCAAAUAAUCCAGAUAAGUCAUGGACAUUUGCUACAUACAGUCUUACAGGGCCUUCAGUAUUUGAAUUGGUCAGGAGGCGUGACUUUGCCAAUCUUCCAAUUGUCAUGGAGGAAUUUGCCAGAGAGUCAGGAGCAACAUUUAGCUCCAGCAAAGAAGAUGAAGUUCACAUAGUGUUGGACAGGCACCUUAUAACUGGACAAAAUGAACAAUCAACAGUACUGGCUAUCCAAAACCUAAUACUUCUCUGCAGUGCCAGAAAAUGAUGAGUUGAGCCUACAACCAAGGUGACUGGAGGAAAGUGAAUGAAAUCAGAGAAUCUGUAGUCUUCUACACAUUAUAUUCCAAAAGUAUCAUGGCUGUGAAGGCAUAAAGACAGACUUGUAGCUUACUGGGGGGAUAGUGGUACAGAUGCAAUUCCUUGAACAUUGAAGCAGUGCAGUUGUCAAUUGCAGAUAUGCUGAAUUGUGUGAUUCAUGAAACCCUGCUUCUAUUCAGGAAAGUCCUGUUGUUUAGUAUUUUAUUUUAAUUUUUAUCCUGUGCCUCCCUUAUGUAUGUUCGGCCUCAGUUACUGUGUCAUACUAAGACUGCCAACUUGAUUGGUUUGGCUGGUCGAUUACACACAUACACGCGCACACACACACACACACACACACACACACGCAUAUACACACACACACGCAUACACACACACA